GCAGUAGGCGGGCCCUAGCUUCCCGCAGCAAUAAGAAAAGAUACCGAGGAGAAGCGGCGCAGAUUAAGCCGUGUAGCCGUCUCUUGCUGUCUUUUUUGCGGGAGAUACCGCCUCAUGACGGGAGCCCCAUGCUGACUGACUGCAGGACAUGGGAAUCCUUAAUAUCACUGACCAGCAUCCACUGGUCCAAGCAAUAUUCAAUCGGAACAUAGAAGAAGUGAAAUUAUUGUUGAGUCACAAGGAAAAUGUCAAUGUUUUGGACCAAGAGAGACGUUCUCCAUUGCAUGCUGCUGCCUUCUUAGGAGACACCCAAACUAUUGAACUAUUAAUACAGUCAGGUGCUAAUGUUAAUGCAAAGGAUUCGGCUUGGCUUACUCCUGUGCACCGGGCUGUUGCUGCACGCAACGAGAGGGCAGUCUCUUUGCUUGUGAAGCACUCUGCUGAUGUCAACGCACGGGACAAAUACUGGCAAACUCCACUACAUAUUGCUGCUGCUAAUCGAGCAAAUAAAUGUGCAGAGACGUUGAUACCGCUGGUCAAGAAUGUCAACAUAGCUGAUCGGACAGGACGCACUGCCCUUCAUCAUGCUGUGCUCAGUGGAAACUUAGAGAUGGUGGUAAUGCUUUUAAACAAGAGGGCCCAUCAUGGUAUAUGUGAUAAGAAGGAACGGCAGCCUAUUAUGUAUGCAUCUUUCCUGGGUCACCUGGAAAUUACUAAACUGCUGAUCUCUCGGGGAGCCGAUGCAAUGUCAAAGGACAAGAAAGGUUAUACUCCGCUUCAUGCAGCUGCUUGUAGUGGCCAGGUGGAUGUUUUGAAGUAUUUGCUGAAAUUGGGCGUGGAGAUUGAUGAGCCCAACGCCUUUGGGAACACUGCCAUGCACAUUGCCUGUUACAUGGGUCAAGAUUCUGUAGCCAAUGAACUUGUCAAUUAUGGCUCCAAUGUCAACCAGCCUAACGAGAAAGGCUUCACCCCUCUGCACUUUGCUGCUGUUUCCACUAACGGGGCUCUGUGCCUGGAACUUCUUGUUAACAACGGGGCAGAUGUCAAUUUUCAGAGUAAAGAUGGGAAGAGCCCACUGCACAUGGCUGCCAUCCACGGAAGGUUUACACGCUCUCAGAUUCUAAUACAGAACGGUGGUGAAAUUGACUGUGUUGAUAAAUAUGGCAAUACUCCUUUGCAUGUCGCUGCUAGAUACGGGCAUGAGCUGCUAAUUAGUACGUUGAUGACAAAUGGUGCUGACACUGCAAGGCGUGGUGUGCACGGCAUGUUUCCCCUUCACUUAGCUGUUCUCUUUGGGUUCUCCGACUGUUGCCGUAAACUACUUUCCUCAGGUCAGCUGUACAGCAUAGUGUCGUCAUUGAGCAAUGAACAUGUGCUGUCUGCCGGCUUUGAUAUUAACACACCUGACAACCUUGGGAGGACCUGCCUCCAUGCUGCUGCUUCGGGAGGAAAUGUAGAAUGUCUUAAUUUGCUGUCUAGCAGUGGUGCUGAUUUGAAGAGACGGGAUAAAUUUGGAAGGACUCCACUGCAUUAUGCUGCUGCUAAUGGCAGCUACCAGUGCAUAGUGAAUCUGGUUAAGGCUGGAGCCAGUAUUAAUGAGGCAGAUUACAGAGGCUGCACCCCCUUACACUAUGCUGCUGCUUCAGAUACCUACAGGAGGGUGGACACGCACUCUGGGACGAGCCAAGAGCAUGAGGAAGAACUGCUUAAAGCCUCGCAACAGAAGGAGUCUUUCUUCUGCCUAGAAUUCUUGUUGGAUAACAAUGCCGAUCCCUCACUUCGUGACAAACAAGGAUACGCUGCUGUGCAUUAUGCAGCAGCCUUUGGCAACAGACAGAACUUGGAACUGCUUCUGGAAAUGUCAUUUAACUGUCUGGAGGAUGUGGAAAGCACUGUACCGGUUAGCCCUUUGCACUUAGCUGCCUACAAUGGUCACUGCGAUGCUCUGAAGACUCUGGCAGAGACUCUGGUGAACCUGGAUGUGCGAGACCACAAGGGCCGCACUGCUCUUUACCUUGCAACAGAAAGGGGAUUCACAGACUGUGUGGAAGUUCUAAUGAGCCAUGGGGCCUCUCCUGUAAUCAAAGACCGUAAGAGAAAGUGGACCCCACUGCAUGUAGCAGCUGCCUCUGGAAACACAGAUGCCCUACAUCUGCUGAUUGACUGCAGUGAGAGACUGGAUAUUACCGAUGUUGUGGAUGCUCAUGGGCAAACUCCACUUAUGCUUGCAGUGAUGAAUGGCCAUGUUGACUGUGCUCACCUGCUGCUGGAAAAAGGAGCCACAGUUGAUGUUGGAGACAAGAAAGGAAGAACCACCCUUCACAGAGCGUCGGUGACCGGCUGUGAGGACUGUGUGGGGGCCCUGCUGGACCAUGAUGCCUUUGUGCUGUGUCGGGAUUUCAAGGGACGCACACCUAUUCACUUUGCUUCAGCCUGUGGCCAUGCUACGCUUGUGCACGUAUUUCUGCAGGCCGCACUCUCUACAGACCCACUGGAUGCAGUGGUGGAUUACAGUGGGUACACUCCCAUGCACUGGGCUGCUUACAAUGGGCACGAAGAUUGUUUGGAACUGUUACUUGAACACAAUCCAUUUGCAUACCUCGAAGGAAACCCUUUUACCCCUUUGCACUGUGCAGUAAUUAACAGCCAAGAUGGUACGGCUGAAAUGUUGGUUGAAGCUUUGGGUGCCAAGAUUGUGAACAGCAGAGAUGCUAAAGGGAGAACUCCUCUUCAUGCUGCAUCCUUUGCUGAUAACAUGAACGGUUUACAACUACUCCUGCGCUACCAGGCUGAGGUGGAUGCCAUUGACCAGUCUGGUCGGACACCUCUGAUGAUGGCAGCAGAAAAUGGGAAGACUGCAUCGGUUGAGUUUCUGCUGUAUCGUAUGAAGGCGGAUUUAACACUUAUGGACAUCAACAAGAACACUGCUCUUCACCUAGCCUGCAGCAAGGGACAUGAGAAGUGUGCCUUGUUGCUAUUAGGGGAGACCCGGGACCUUGGCCUUAUCAAUGCAACAAACAGCAUGCUGCAGAUGCCGCUCCAUAUUGCUGCCCAUAAUGGACUAGCAUCGGUCGUCCAAGCUUUGCUCACAAGAGGAGCUACUGUGUUAGCUGUGGAUGAAGAAGCAGGUCACACCCCAGCCUUGGCCUGUGCUCCGAACAAGGAUGUAGCGGAUUGCUUGGCACUUAUCCUAUCCACCAUGAAGCCUUUCCCACCAAAAGACGCCAUCCUACCCUUCAGCUUCAACCUCCUGAAGAACUGCGGCAUUGCUGCUAAAACUGCCCUCCCCAAUGGUGGCAGCUGCCCAUACACUAAAGAUCGGCAUAGCUCAAUUGCCAUGGAUGGCUGCUACACUGAGUAGCUGCUCCCGUCCUGCGGGUGACCCAAAACCUUACUUUUAAUUUAUUUAGGAUAAUAUUUAGGGCACUUUAAAGGAGAACAAGACAUACCAUUUACAAAGGUUUGAGCUUCUGCUGGUUUACUUGGUCCCCUGAUCCUUAAAAUUGGUCUUGUGAGCUGGCCUGGCCUGUCCUGAAGCUUAUGUAGUAUUGUACCUUUCACUUGUGGAAGAGGCUUGCAUAAGUUGGGGGGGAUCCUUGACUCUUCUUUACAGCCUGGUUUGUGUAAUGGAUGCCUUUUCCAUCUCUGAAAGCGUAUGCAAUUUGUUUUGAGGCUGAUAG